AUGGACAUAAAACUCAAUACGCCAUUAACACUCGCUGCCAACCAAAACCAGACCACUUGUGUCCGUCUUCUCCUUGAGGCGGGUGCACUGACGGACCCCGAGUUACCCCCUGGAAUCAAGUUCGGUACGCCGCUCAACUGUGCGGCUCGCAAUGCCCCGGAUCCCAUUUUAAUGAAGACACUGCUUGACUUUGGUGCUGAAAUCGAAGCGAGCGGUGUGGACGGCGUCACUCCACUCCUACAUGUUGCAAGGGGUAGCAGUGCUGCGCACGCAGUGCUUCUUCUCGAGUAUGGCGCAAACAUAAAUGCCACUUCGAAAAGCGGGCAGACUCCGCUUACCGCAGCGAUCCAAUACAACAACCAUGGUGCACUCAGCCUUCUACUCGAGCGCUGGUCCGAAUACGUCGAGUGUCCCAGGCUCAAAGGACCUGGCCUCCUGGAAGUCGUAGCCCAGUACGCUGAUGUACGGACAAUACGACUUCUUACGAAAGCGGACCAUCUUCAAACACGCACUGAUAGUUCGUUUAUUUUGAAUCGAUACCAGCAGAUGCUGGAUGCUAGGAAUGAUGCAUCUGAGAAGCUGUCUUCUGCGUUCGAAGACCUGUUGUCGAUCCUCCAAAUAGAUGCUAAACCGGGCGAUGCCAAUAUCCGAAGGGAAAGCGGUCUUCUGAACCCACUUGAUUUCUUGUCAGGCUCUGAGGAGAACACGGACACGGACUCGGAUUGUCUCGUCUUCGAAGAUGCCAAAGAGGACGUAGAUUCCCCUGGCGAUGCUUCUGACCUUGUGUAA